UCGGACUGUUUCGAACGUGUUUGCAGGGAUGCUGACGCUCGCCGCGGCAGCCAUCGAAUUAGCGAAGUUAUCGGGUUCGGGUUCGUAGUGUCGCGCAUAGAUAUAUGCAAAUCUCGUACCGCCAAAAAGGACCACCAAUUAUCGAAAUCAAUAAGAGCUAAUUAGAAUAUUCCAGUACCGAUAUCGAUGCGGGGUGGUGCAAAAACUGCAUAAAUAGCUUUGCGUGCUUUGUUUUCUAUUUCGAGGGAAAAAAUAUAUAUACGAACGAAAGUCAUGUUGCACACACAAAACGCUCCACUUUGGCUCCUUUUAGGCGAUUUAAUUGCCCUGCUCUCGUUUGGGGCAUACAUUAAAGCCAGCAACUAAGUAUUUGCAAGUGCCCCAGUGUCUUCGUCGUUGUUCGUGCAACCCGGUGUGUGUGUGUGAGUUUGUUUGUGUUUUGAUGGUCACGUGGUCAGUUCAAAGUUGGCUUAACCCACAACCGCCUUCUUGUGCGUGACAAAAGUCCAGCAACAGUAGCAACAAUAACGGGCAACAGCAGCAGCAGCACAAAUAGUAACACAAAUGCAAUAAAGGAUUAUCCUGCGUGGGACAAAUUUAAAUUGUUCGCCAGCUGCUGCCACGGGGAAAAGCGGAGACCGUUGAGAAAAUCGAAAAUGUGCUUCCAUUAGGAGGACGAGAAACCGGAGAAGUCGGCGAGAAGAAAGAAAAACUGCAGCGCCAAAUCUGCAAACCAAAUCCAACUUAAGUCACAUCAAAUUAAAAUCAACAACCGGCGAAGGGUGAAGGAGAAAGGAAAAUUAUAAGGAAAAUAUAUAUAUAGAGAGACAGGAGAAGGGGGGAAAAUGAAGUGCAAUAAAAGUCAAAUGGCCACGUUAACAAUGUGGAAAAUUUUUAUGGCCCUGCUGCUGGCGAUGGCACUGCUAAUGCCGCUCACAUUAGCGCGCCUGCAUUCCACUUCCGGCGUAGGAAUGUCCGGUGGAUCGAGCAGCAUGGGUCCUGGCGGAGGAUCCGGGAGUGGGGGCACAUCCUCGAAGGAUUCACACGUGAAAACGAAGGACAUCGAGGCCGUCGAGGGAAAAUCAGUGUCGCUGCCCUGCCCCAUCACGGAGCCACUGGAUAAUGUGUAUAUGGUGCUCUGGUUCCGCGAUAAUGCCGGCAUACCGCUCUAUAGCUUCGAUGUGCGCGAUAAGGAGAGCCUCAACCAGCCCCGACAUUGGUCAGCCCCGGAGGUUUUUGGCUCACGUGCCAAAUUCCAUUUUGACUCGCAGCCAGCAACCUUGGAAAUUAAGGAUGUCAAGCGACAUGAUCAGGGUAUUUACCGCUGUCGUGUGGAUUUUCGCACCAGUCAAACGCAAAGUUUCCGUUUCAAUUUGUCAGUAAUAAUACUUCCGGAGCAGCCAAUCAUCAUGGACCGUUGGGGUCGUCAGCUGAAUGGCUCUCAAUUGGGGCCCAAACAGGAGGGCGAUGAUAUCGUUAUCACUUGUCGUGUGGUGGGCGGUCGGCCGCAACCGCAGGUCCGUUGGCUCGUAAAUGGACUGCUUGUCGACAAUCAAAACGAGCACAAUUCCGGCGAUGUUAUCGAGAACCGUCUGUUGUGGCCGUCGGUGCAGCGCAACGAUUUGAAUUCCGUAUUCACAUGUCAGGCACUGAAUACGCAAUUAGAUAAGCCCAAGGAGAAGAGCUUCAUACUGGAUAUGCACUUGAAGCCCCUGGUGGUGAGAAUCCUGGAGCCGCCCAGUUCGAUGAUUGCCGAUCGUCGCUACGAGGUGUCCUGUGAGUCCUCCGGCUCUCGGCCGAACGCCAUCAUCACCUGGUACAAGGGAAAACGGCAAUUACGACGCACAAAGGACGACAUAUCAAAGAACUCGACACGCUCCGAGCUGAGCUUUGUGCCGACCACAGACGACGAUGGCAAAUCGAUAACAUGCCGUGCGGAAAAUCCAAAUGUGAAUGGCCUGUAUUUGGAGACCAUGUGGAAAUUGAAUGUCGUUUAUCCUCCCCUGGUGACGUUACGCCUGGGCUCAACUUUGACACCGGAUGAUAUCAAGGAAGGCGACGAUGUUUACUUCGAGUGUCACGUACAAUCGAAUCCUCAAUGGCGGAAACUGUUGUGGUUGCAUAAUGGAAUCCAUCUGGAGCACAACACGUCCGCCCGGGUCAUCCGUUCGAACCAGAGCCUGGUACUCCAGAAGAUUACGAAGCACUAUGCCGGGAACUAUGCGUGCAGUGCCAUCAACGACGAGGGCGAGACGGUCAGCAAUCAGCUGCCACUGCGGGUGAAAUACACGCCCAUUUGCAAGCACUCCGACCGCGUGAUAUUAAUUGGCGCCUCCAAGGACGAGACUGUUGAGGUUGUGUGCGAGAUUCAGGCCGACCCGCCGCCGCGGACUUUUCGCUGGAAAUUCAACAACUCGGGCGAAACUCUGGACGUGGGCAGCGAGCGAUUCAGCGUGAACGGCAGCCGCAGCAUUUUAAAGUACACACCGGUCACAGAUCAGGAUUAUGGCACACUGUCGUGCUGGGCCUCCAACGAGGUGGGCACCCAGCAGCACCCCUGCCUCUUCCAGGUGGUCCUGGCCGCCCUGCCGAAUGCCGUCAGCAAUUGUACCGUCUUCAACCGAACUGAGCUGAGUGUUGACAUACAGUGCGUACCGGGCUAUGACGGCGGCCUGCCGCAAAUAUUUGUACUGGAAAUGUUUUCAACACGCACCGGCAUCACCAGAUUCAAUUUGAGCAACGCCGAGGAGGCCCUCUUCUCGCUGGAGAACCUGGACACGCUGACCUCGAUGAUGGUCCAGGAGAACAAUUCGCUGCGGCUGCGCAUCUACUCGUACAACCAGAAGGGCCGCAGCUCCGCUUAUCUGCUGCCCGAUUUCAUAAUUGGCUCAACAGCUUACAAGACAGACGACGAUGUAACACUCACAUUGUCGCCGGUGAUUGUCGGCAGUGUCCUGACCAUCAUAAUUAUUGGUGUGGCCAUCGCGAUACGAAUAUUCGUGGUGACAUUUGUGCACAAUUUGCGGAGGAAUCGCCAUCACGGCAGCAAGGCCACCGCCGCCGGAGUGACCGCCCAGCCCAGCGAUGUCUUCAAGGGCGGAAACCUGGAGAAGCCGCGUUGGCAGCACACGGACAUAAAAACGAAAUCAUCAGAGGAUUUGGUUGAGGACGAACGUGAUCCCGACGUAAUACCAUCGCAAUAUGUCGGCGGCAGCAGCGCGGGCAGCAGCGGCAGCAACGCCUCCAAUGUGGGCAGCACCACCGCCGGCACCGCCACGGGGAGCAGCACCUCCACGGCGGUGGUGUCCUCGGUGGCCAACGCAGCAGCAGGAGCAGCAGGAGCAGGGGGCUCGGGAGGAUCGGGCGUGGCAGGAGGAGCAGGAGCGGCACAGUCAGCAUCUGCCACAGAUGGCCAUCAGUUUGCAUCAGCCACUGCGGCGGCAGGAGGCGGCGUUUCCAAGUGGUCACCCAAUGGCAAUGUGACGACGACGAUGCUGACCGGCGAUGCGGUGAAUGCGACUGUCACCUACAAUCAGAUCAACGCGCAGCGGGCGCAGCUCCUGGCGGCGGUGGCAGCGGUGGGUGGUGGUUGCAGCAGCACCGUAAUCUCACCCAGCAGCAGCAUUCUGGGCGGCCUUGCCAAGCCGCUGGGCAUGGGAAUGGGCAUGGGCAUGGGGGUGGGGAUGGGAAUGGGCGGCACGGUCAUCGGGUCACCCACCUCCCUCUCCUCGACGGCCACCUUGGCGGCCCACCUGCAGCCGGUGCACAGCAGUGGAGUGGGCACCUUGCCACCGGGAUUGGGAAGCGGUGGUGGUUACAUCAUGAAUGCCUAUGCCAGCGGACGGCUGCACCACCCACCGGGCGGCGGUGGCUCGGCAGGUGGGGCCACCCACACCGCCACCCUCAACCGGCACCACCACCAACAGCAGCACCACCACCACCCGCACCACCAGCAGUCCACCACCCACCACUCCGGCUCGAGUCUCCUGAUGGGCAGCGCCGGCAGCAUGAUGGGCGUGGUGGGAUCUACCGCGACGGCCACCACGUCCUGCAACUCCUCGCAGGAUCUGGACGAUAACAUCAACAUAAAUGCGAUAAAGGACUGCCUGAUGACGCAGCGAGUGCCCGAGAGCUGUGUCUAAAUCGGGGGCUCCAAGUGGCGGAUAUAUGUGUUUAUUGUGUAGGAAUAUAAAUCUAUGUCGGACAGGUCUGUGGCAGUUUUCAAAUUUAUUUUAAUUUCAAAAUUAUAUUUUGCUAUCAAUUGUACUAUUUACCACGAAUUUUAUUAACAAUACUCCAUUUAAACGGUGUAAAAAUAUUAAUUUCCUUUAUUAUUCGCUCUCUAUAUAUGAGAACUUUGAUCUAUUCAACAUUUCACUGUAUUUUUCCAAAAUUGAUUUAAAUUCUAUACACCAUUUAAAUUUGAAAACUGAAAUAGGUCUGUCUUCUUCUCGUUAAGGUGCUGUGCAUACAUAAUCUAAAUAUUAAGCUAAAGGUAAAGACCGAGAAACCGAUAAAAAACUGAGAAAAUCCCAUCAUAUCUCCUGGUUCAAUAGCAUAUCCCUUGUUAUAUCAACCGAAAAAGAAGAAAAUAUAUCAUUACCAUUCAUUGUUAAUUUUAAAACUGACUUCGAGAAAUCUUUUCUCAAUGCGUAGCAUUUUUGAAGAAUUGCAGAACCCGACAAAGAUAUAAUAACUUAUAAUAACUGAUACUUUCAAGAAAUAGUCUUCGUUUUGGAAAAACAUUGGAAAGGGGGAUAACUGGAGGGAUAACACUUCACAACACAGUUAAACCACUCACUCUAAUUUAAGGAAACUUCAAAAAGACUCAAACAAUUUAGUAGCUAAAUAUGUUGUAGCUAAAAUAUUUCGAGAACGAGAAGUAAAUAUCAUAGAAGUACUUGUAUAUAAGAUAUAUUCGUGGCAUAAUAUAUAGGUAAUUUGUAUAAAGAGAAUACUAAUCAGACCCAAAGACCCUUUGUUGUUGUAUAUAAAAUAAAUUAAUGAUUGUAAAUUUAUCAAAGUUUAUGUUUGAGAUGCCGUCUUAAUCGGCAAAUGGUCCUGCUUAGAGCUAAAAUAAAUACUGAAGUUAAAUGUUUAGAAUGGAAAGCGCUAGACUUAAGCUAAAAUAGAUCAUAGAAAAUGAAAGAGUUUAAACUGUGCUAGGCUAACAGAAUUAAGCAUAAAUAUCAAUAAACGUGUUUAGCUAAGUCGAAGGAUAGUGUGACAAAAACAGAAUUGAGUAUUUGGAAUGUAAACAAAGGGCGAAAAGUAAAUAUAGAUCAACUACAAAAA